GUUUUUACACCUGAGCAGGUAAAAGCUCACCUGUAUGAAGGUAGAAAAGUUUACAAUAACAAAGAUAGCAAGACAGGACCUCACCCAAAUGUCUUUAUCUUGACAGCUCAACUAUAAAAUUUCGCAGAUUACGUGCGAGAAAUCCUGAGAACCAUGGGUGAGGAAAACGAGUUGACCCGUAUCUACCAUAUACAGUAUGUUAGGAAUUCCAGGGCAAUCACUGUGGUAUGGGCCAUUUUCACUAUUUGCUUUGCCAUUCUAAACAUUGUUGCUUUCAUCCAACCCCAAUGGCUUGGAUACACGGAGAAAUCAUUGAAUGCUGGAUAUUUUGGACUAUAUGAAGUGUGUACCAUUUUGACAGGAGGCGAGCUAUCCUGCGAUGGAGACUUUUUGGACUUCACAACCAUUUUGAAUGAUUCAUUUAGAGCAGCCAGUAUGCUUGUUGGAAUCUCUGCUCUCUUGUUUGUCAUUGCCAUCAUCUGUCUCCUGUUAUUCUUCUUCCUGAGAGCUUCAACAGUACUGAAAGUUUGUGGCUGGCUUCAGUUGUUGGCAGGUAUUUGUAUGGGAAUUGCAUGUAUUGUAUACCCAAGUGGAUGGGAUGAUGUCAAAGUUCAAGCUGUAUGUGGUCAACAGGCUGGAAAGUACCAACUUGGAUGGUGUGAAAUAAGAUGGGCUUUUAUCCUCAGCAUUGUUUUGAUCUUUGAUGCCUUCAUUCUGGCCAUCCUUGCAUUCUUCUUAGCUGCCAAACAAGCUGAUAUAUUACCAAAACAAAAUGAAAAACAAAAAACAUUCAGUAAUUUGAAUUACAGUUGGGGACAAGAAGACUCAAAAGAUGGAUUUAUUAAUGGUGGAUUUACAGCAGAAUCCUUUGGGAGACAAUCCAAUGUCAGCAGUAUGCAACCAAACACAUCAUCAGAUCAGUCAGAGGUCAAGGCUGUCUUUAGGUCAAGGACAAGUAGCCAGGGAUCUAAGCAAGGAGGGAGUGAAUAUGGAGAAGAUAUUAAACUUUAAGUGUGAUUCUGCUGUAUUUACCAUUGUUUAAUUUAUCCACAUGUUUAAAUAGUUCGGAUUGAAAUUUUACUUAAAAUUAUUGUGUGUUUUGAAAAAAAAUAAAACAAUAAAGAACUAGUAAACAGUACAAUUUAUGAAUUGGUUUAAAAAAAAAUGUUUUAGAUUUAGUAGAUUUUGAAUAUCAAUAUCCAUAUUUUACUUAUGAUAUGGAAUCAUGGAAUUCAAUAUUGAAUAGAUGCAACUAAAUAAAUAUAACAUAUCUUGCCAUAAAAGUUGAACAUAAUAUUGUAGAAAGCACCUGUACCAAAAUUUUUUGAAUUUUACACAUGUGGAUAUUGUCUGGUCAUCAGAAGUAAACAAAUCCAAAUGAUAUAUUUCAUUGAUGAUAUUAUAAAGGGUACAACUGUUUACUUUUUGCUCUAAACAUUUCAUAGGAAAUACGAUGUUUAUCUUAAUGCUUUUGAUAAAAUCUAUAUAAAUGAACUUAAAAGUUCUCAUUUGUGAUAUUUUGGAAUUACAUGAAAAUGAAAUAAGAUUUCUUUUUAAAGUCCCUGUAUGUGAUACAUGUCAAAUAGAUCAACAAAUAUUAGUAUGAGAAAACUUUAUAUUUAUGUUUUUAUAGUGUGUAUGUAUUUGUAAAAUAAAAUAAUUUGUGUAGUUUGGAAUAUUUUAAUUCAUGUACAUGCUACAGUUGAAUAAUUGGAUUAUGCUAGGAUUUGGUGUUAAAACUUGAAAGGAUUUUUUUCAUAGAAUAAAUUUCUGUCUUUGUAAAUUGAAAUAAUCUGUCAUAUAAUCUAUAUGUAAUUUAAAGUUUGAUUAUUUAACAGCAAACAAAUAUUUGAUUUUUCGUAGUCCAAGAGAUAAUUUUGAUUAUAACAUUUGUACUUUUGAGUACCUACAUCUGAAUACUGUCUAAAAUCAUAUCAAUAAUGAAAAAAAUGUUACCACAUUGAAAUAGAAGACAAUUAAUACAGUAAACUUGUAAAAACAUAUUAAUGAAAAUUAGAUGUUUCAAAACUGAACACUACAUUUAUUAUAUUCAAUCAAAUCUCUAAACAAUUCAUGUUGAUAUUAAAGUGUUGAUGAUUACCUAUCAGAUCAAACUUUUGUUAACUUAAUAUGCAAAGACCAAUCAUGUAGAUAAUAUAUGAAUCACUGGAUGAUCAUUCAAAUUAAUCGUUUUG